AUGCGCAUAAAAGAAAGCAAAUGUCGGGAGUUCGUGUUGUCCGAGGUCCCGACUGGGACUGGGGUGACCAGGACGGGGGAGAGGGGUUCGUGGGGACGGUGGUGUGGCAGGAGGAGGGCAGCGGGAAGGCCACCGUCCAGUGGGACACGGCAAACCGGCACUCGUACUGCUGUGGCUACGGAGGAAAGUACGACCUUCGGGUCCUUGAUACAGCCCCUGCAGGUGUACAGCAUGAAGGGUGGUCGUGCAACUGGUGCCCUGUGUCUCCAAUCACUGGGACUCUGUGGCGGUGUGUGCAUUGUCCGAGAUACUCUCUGUGCAGCCAGUGCUACCACUCUGGGAAACACUGUCUGGAGCACCAGUUCCAGAGACUAGACACACCAGACAGCCACCGUCCAAACAGUGUGAGAGUUGGUAGCAGGAUGGUGGCUAGGAGGGUGGAGUCCCAGGGAAUCUUCACAGGGGCAGCUGUGAUGAGGGGAGCUGAUUGGCGCUGGGAAGAUCAGGAUGGUGGAAUAGGAUGUCAGGGGAAAGUCAGUGCAAUUGAAGGCUGGGAGAAAACCAGCUUCAGAAGUGUAGCUCACGUGAUGUGGGCUCACUCACAAGUCCUCAACCUCUACUGCAUUGGACAUAAUGGCAUGGUGGAUCUUCAGUGUGUAAAGCCAGCCUCUGGUGGCCUCUACUACCCUGAACACCUCCCUGUUCUAGGAGAGGAGAGCAGUGACAUGAACGAGGGAGAACUGAGAACAGGGGAUACAGUGAGAGUGGAACUGGACCCUGGAGAGUUCAAGUCUGCCCAGGAAGGCCACGGAGGCUGGGAAGACUUCAUGGCUGAGUACAUUGGUUGUGAUGGUGUGGUCCAAGCCAUCCACUACUCUGGAGACGUGGUGGUCCGAUACAAGAAUGGUGUCAGCUUAGAGGUCAACGGCCAAUGCCUUUCAAAGGUGGAAGGGAACAGUUUUCAGUGUGGUGAUGCGGUGAGAGUGAGUGACGAUAUGACCCUAGUUCAUCAACUGCAGGAUGGUCAUGGAGAGUGGGCCGAUGACAUUGCUCUGGUAUACAUAUAUUUACUUAUGUACGUACAAACGAAGGCUCUGUAGUAUGAUUAAGUGGAACAGUGAGCAUUCUGAGAACCUCUAUUAGUGAUUGGGAGUCACGUGUCAGCAACAAGGUCGCAAGGCAAACACCAAAACCACGCCCACAACAACUUUAUAAAGAAAGAAGUGGUUCUCAUGGUGUAGUUCGAACCUACGACAAUGUGUAGUCUAGGCUCUAGGCGAGGGCUCUACCAGAUAAAAGGAUUGAGGAUAAAGACUAAACACUGUUGUUUGCAUGAAAGUCAGGCACUCUAUAGGUGUGUAAUAGCUUUCUCUUAGGUGUGCUAUUCAUGCAUAUUGCCUUAACUACUGGGAUGGCUGUGUUGUGUACUAAGAACUUAUCAUGGAGGGAGUGUGUCAUUGUGUGUCCCCCAGUCUCUGGGGCUGGUGGGGAGGGUGAUGAAAGUGAAGGCCAACGGAGACAUUCGUGUGGCGGUCAACGGCAGUCGCUGGAUUCUCAACCCAAAGUGCCUCAGUCCAGCUCCCGGGGAGACACCCAUCGAGGAAAGGACAGGUCACCAGUGACGUAUAAAUAAUAGUAGCUGAAAACUAGAGCACACAGCCAUUAUAGUAGUGGCAGUGUUCAUUUCGGAUAUUCUAUAUGUGAUCUUUGUAUCCCCAAGUUGUUUAUCACGCCAUUUACGAGCUAUACGGUACUUUGAUUUCCCGGCCGUGUGGUCUGUAGUAGAAGAGAGUGGAGCUGUCGAGCACAAGGAAAACCACUGCGGUGGUGUCUUUGGAGCCUAUGGACACCUAUCAUAGCCCCAUAUAUUUGUAUGCAAGCCCCAACGUAUGUACUAUUAUUGGGAUUUUGCCUCGAUUCAAGCCUACGUAUAAUAUUAUACCGCCUUAGUAUUGGAUCUGUGUUUCAUAUUGCCUUGAUACAAGCCACCUUACUAAGUGAUAGUAUAGGAUGUGUGUGUUAGAUUUUGCCUCCACACCCCACAAUAACUAUGCAGGGGAGCUGCAUGUGGACCUAGCGGUGAGGAUCCAGACACUGUCUCUGUCUGAGGCCGGCUGUCCCGAUCUGGUGGUGGUGGCUGCAGCUGGCGGAGACUUGGACACUCUCACCAAGUACCUCCGCUACCACCCCGAGCAUGGGACACGGUGUACGAGGGUAAGACAGCCGUCCACACAGCAGCCAUGGAAGGCUAUUUGCCCAUCAUUAAACUCCUCAUCUCUCACAGAGCAAAUCUCAACAAAAAGAAUGAAGGCGAGCUUACUGCUCUGCAACUGUGCGUCAUCGUUAACAGUGCGGAGGGCGCUAAGCUGCUAGUGGGCGGGGGUGCGGAUCCUAACGUUGGUGACGAUCGGGGAAUCACCCCGCUUGCCAGGGCUGCCGCACUGGGGUAUCUUGAGGUUGUGAAACUUCUACUGGAUCACCAUCGAACUAACCCUAAUAAACAGGACUGCCAAGGCAGCACACCUCUCCAUAGAGCCAUCGUCAAUCACCAGCUCCAGACGAUGAUUGCCCUACUGAAUGCAGGGGCUGACCCCACAAUUCCCAAUCACAGCCUCCAUAACUGCAUGCACAGAGCAGCUGCCCUCGGAUUUCUGGCUGGAGUGGAAGAGUUAAUGAAGUGGCACCCGGACCUCAUCAACAAGGCCAAGAAGGACGGUUUCACUCCCCUGCACAUGGCUGCAGUCAGUGGACACACUGACAUUGUGUCUCUCCUUCUGUCACAUCCCAGCUGUGAAGUGAAUGUGGACGACACAGACGGACUGACUUCCCUCCACCUUGCUGCCCACGGUGGAGAGACGGCCAUGCUGGAGAGACUGGUGGGCUAUGGAGCUGACCUCAACUGUGCCACCAGGGAGGGGAACACUGCUCUCCACUUCACUCUGGCCCGCAAGAACAUGGCUGCACCCUCUCCUCUCUCCCCUCAUAUACUGGAGGUGAAGAAGGAACUUGACCAGUUGUGUGGCCAGGACAUCCUCCAGCCUGAAGUGGUGGUGGGUGUGUUCCUGGUGAGGGAGGGGGCCAAGGUCCAUGCUGCCAACCGACUCGGCCUCCACCCUCUCACUCUCCAACCGCCUGACGUGGUCCAACUGUUCACACGCUACUCUACUGCCGUCGAUAGCAGACCUCCAUUCCAUGGAACACUCCGUCAAAAAGUGGGUCCGUUUGCCGACAUUUGCCCCAAAACUCCCCAUAAACAACUGAAGGUGGUGGAGACUUCAUCUUCAUCUACUAUAUCUUCCACUCCGCCCACUGCCUCCCUUCCCCCCACUUCCCCUCUCCCCACAUCCCCUCCUCUCCCCUCCUCCUCCUCCUCAUUGCCACCGAUGACCCCAGUCCCCACCAGUACAAGUGGUGUGGAUCGCUCAGUCAAUGAGUACACCAGCCAAGUCCGGUGCUCACCUACGGGAAAGACAUCAACCCAUAUGCCAAACUGGCAGCUGCUAGUGCCAUUGACACUGUUGGAGGAAGUGGUGAAUAUCAUAAAGCUGUGUCCGGUGUGCCUCAAGAACAAGGCUGACGUGACUCGUGGAGCCUGCCGAAAAGACCACCACAGGCUCUGUAGAGUUUGUGCUGCCAGAUCGUCUUCAGUGUGUGUACUGUGCAGUUCUGUUGUAUUGAGGGCCCCAGAAUGAUUGUAUAUACAAUUCCUUUUCUACGGUUCAUAUCUAGUGCGCACGCGCGUAAAAUUAGGGAAUUUCCCUGUGGUGGUGGGUGUGGAGCGAAGCUGAGACGGGACAUGGAGGCAGCUCUGGGUCAGCGAGUAGUCCGUGGACCAGACUGGGAGUGGGGAGACCAAGAUGGCGGCGAGGGUUUCGUGGGGACGGUAGCUGGAGUGGAGGAAGGUGGAGGAGGAGUGAUAGUCCAGUGGGACAUGGGACAGAGGUGUAGGUACCGCUGUGGCAAAGACAACAAGUUCGAUCUCAGCGUCCUGGACUGUGCGCAGAUAGGAACGAGCCAUCAGCAUUUGGUGAAGUGUUCCAGUUGUAGCCAAGAAGUAUGGGGAUUUCUAUGGAGGUGUGUUCACUGUUUUGAGGGUGGUGGUCUGUGCAACAGUUGCUACAUGGCUGGGAAACACAGUCCCUUCCACUCCUUCGUGAGGAUUGACACAGAUGGUGGACCCAGGGUGAAGGUUCAGCCACGAAAGGUCUUGCAUGGAGUACAGGCGUGUGGUAUAUACCCUGGAGCAGUUGUUGUGAGAGGAAACGACUGGAAGCCAGCUUGGAAAGACCAAGAUGGUGGGAGUGGUAAUCUUGGAGAUGUUAUAGAGAUCCGGAACUGGAAAAACGAAAGUUUUAGAAGCACAGUACAAGUUAUGUGGAGUGGAGGAAAUAAACCAAACGUUUACAGACUAGGCCUCAAGGGAAAGGUUGAUUUAAAAUGUGAAAAACCCACAGCCAGUGGAGUGUACUACCCUCCACAUCUUCCCGUUAUAGGUGGAGAGUUGGCGAGAGGAGGAAGUGAGCUGGUGGCAGGGGACAAGGUGAGGGUGGAGUGUGACCAGGAGAGGUGGAGAGAGCUACAGCAGGACCACGGGGACUGGGACGAUCUCAUGUCUGAGUUCAUAGGGACUACAGGAGUGGUUCAGCACAUCACAGACUCUGGCAGAUCUGAUUGUCAGCUACCCAGGCCAGGCCAUCUUCCCCGUCAACCCUCAGCCGUCACAAAGGUGGAGGGUGUAGCAGUGUACAGGGUGGGAGAUGCAGUCAGAGUGAAUGAAGACAAAGACCAGGUCGCUAGAGAACAGAAGGGACAUGGAGGCUGGCGCGAAGAAAUGGCUGAGUCUCUAGGUCAGACUGGUAAGGUGGUGAAGGUGCUGCCAUCGGGAGAUGUCCAGGUAGGAGUGGGGGACAGGAGGUGGGUCUACUGUCCCUCCUGCCUCCAGCCAGUCGCGGGUCAGGAGAUCGACAACCAGGACACACAGGAUACAGAAGUUGGGAGUAGGCUGUCAGAGGUGGUGAGGAAUCAGCUGGAGUCCCUGGUGAAGCUCUCCAGUCCAGACCUGGUGGUGGCUGCCUCUGCAGCUGGACAUCUGCCCACUCUCAGAGACUACCUCACCAAGAACCCUGGACAGGUUGAUGUGAAAGUGAAAGAUAAGACAGGUCUGCUGGUGGCUACAGCUGAGGGCUGGCCUGAAGUUGUCAAACUACUCCUGGACUUCAAGGCCAACGUCAAUGAGCCGGACGAGGAAGGUGACACUGCUCUUCACUACUGCGCUCAUCUAGAUCGAGAGGAGAUUGCACAAUGUCUGCUGGCCAAGAACGCUGAUCCAAAUGCUCAGAAUCGCUCAAAGGUCUUUCCUCUCCUCUACGCAGUUGUCCUGGGCAACUACGGAGUAAUGAAAUCACUGCUGGCCAGCGGUCGUCUUGACCACACCCUCCAGGAGCAGGAUGGUAAUACGGCGCUGCACGUGGCGGUGGCAGCUCACAGGAGUGAGGCAGUCAGGACCCUACUGGAGGCUGGGGCAUCUCCGACUGUGUACAACAAGGCCCACCUCACCCCCAUCCUCGCUGCAGCAACCACUGGCUUCUACCUGGGUCUGGAGCAGCUCAUAGGGAGUCAUCCAGAUGAGGUCAAAUCUCAGAGAGAUGAAGACGGUAACGGUGCCCUUCACCUGGCAGCUGCCAACAACCACCUGGACCUGGUGUGCCUCCUGGCUGAGAAGGAGGCGUGUGACGUGAACGCAGCCAACAAAACGAAGCGACAAACUGCGCUGCAUGUCGCUGCUGUCGAUGGCCACACACGAAUCGUCGAACAUCUUCUGGUCCACUGCGAGGCGAACCCUGAUGCGACUGAUGUUGAUGGCCACACCCCCCUACAACUGGUCAUUGCCAACAAAGACGGCAUCAAAACUCCCUCAGACUACAGUCCACUGACACUACAGAUCAGUAGGGAGCUGCACCAGAGCCGUCCGUCUCCAGAGAACUACAUGUCCACUGGGUGUCUCCUGGCCAAGUACGGAGCCACCUUUGACAAGGAGAACCUGACCAAUGACUUUGGCUGCUCCACCUACUUUGUGACCCUCCUUGUCUCCUACUCUGAGAAGAGGUCCAGAAGCUAGCCAGUGUAGGUCUAACCAUCAUCCACACUUAAAAACUAUAAAAUGUAGCCAAGCAUACAAUUAUUAUUUUUGCUGCUGGUGUUGCAGUACAGUCUUUGAGAUUUUGUAUUUGACAAACCAAAACUACUAUUUUAGGAUGAGAUCUUGAUUUUCUGCAGUACAUCAUUCCGACAUGUGGGACAUCUUUUGACACUGACACUCUGGACACACUCAGCACACAUGGCAGUGUGUCCACAUGGCUGGAAGGAGAUAUCACAUGGCCCCUCACAGAGAAAGCAACUUGGUCCAGUCACAGACUCCACCUCACUCUCCUCCGUCUUGUUGGAGUCCCCCACACCCU